AAGUGCUUGCGGAUCGAGACGGCCUUCUUGAUCAGGAAGUACAGAUCCUCCGGAAUGUCGGGCUUCAGACCCACGGCUUUCAUGAUACGCAACACCUAAAAUACAAAAACAAAGCCCGAUUCACGUUUCAAUUCCACUGACGCACUGCUUGUCGCUCCCGUGCCACAUCCGGCGGCCGGUUGUCACUCGAAACUAACCUUGUUGCCAUUCACGAAGCGCACUUGGGCAACACCGUGGGAAUCUCGCAGGAUGAUGCCGAUCUGCGACGGAGUCAUGCCCUUUUUGCCGAGCUUUUUGAUCUGCUCCUUCACAUCAUCGGCGUUCAAUUUCAGCCACGACGGCACGGAACGACGGUACGGUAGAGCGGAUUUGGAAAUACCCUUUCCGGGAGCGUGCAUACGACCCAUUUUUCGAUAUUUUUAUUCGUGCCUUCGCACACCGCGUGUUAGUUCACCUAGAGUUUGUACGAGAAAAGAUGGAGGAAAACGUCAAACCUUGACAGCACGACACCGCUGCUCGUUGUCAUUGAUAGUUUGCAUUCUCACCAACAGGGAGCGCAACAAGCGUCCAAAAGGCCUUUGUAUCGAAAAGGCCAGCGAAAAGUUAUUAUUAUUUAUCCCAGUUAUCAUUUUUUUGCUUGCAAAAUGUUGCAAAAAAUUGAAUCAAUAAUUAUUCAAUUGAAAAUGCCUUAGAUUUUCAGUGUUUGUGAUGCUAUAAUUGAACAAUUAGUCAAAAGAUUUCCAUUCAUUUAAAUUCGUGUGCUCUAUGCCGUUAGAUCCACAAGGCAAACAGCAGUUUUCCGAUCGAGUAAUGAGUUUGAAUUUUCCACCGCACAACGCAUGCCCACGAAAUUAAUUGGGAAAAAUGAAAAAUAGCAAAACAACUCGCCAUUCACUCGUCGCCCUAGAUGCGUUGAAUAAUAAACAAGUUCAUUUGUAGAAGAGCUUAAAUUUGAUUAGAUUCGAUCGAGUUAAAAGCGAUGGAGCGCACGGUGAAGAUGUUGCCGGUGUGGAGGGCAAACCAGGGUCUAACCCUAGCACGUAGGCUGUAAAUUACCGAGCCACCACAAACGACUCGGGCGCGUUGCCGGAAGCAGCUCCAGGGAACAAACGUUCACACGUCUCCAAGCGGUAACUGCAGAAUAGAAUCCAACAAAAACCGCACUCCUUCGACGACGACACAAACCGAUUCCGAGAGUGAGGAAGAACUGCUGCAUCGCACAAUCACCGUCCGACGGUUAUCGGAACGCAAGCUUAACGGUGGAACCGUUGGUGCUGGCGGAGUGCGAGGCGUUGCGACGGCAAUCAUGAUGAAUGGGUUGAAAGGACGACCGGUAGCGGAGCUAAGGACGACGUCCGGGGCCGAAAAUGGGGGCGCUACACUGUACAACAGUGGUUAUCCACCGAGCCCGAGCGACGUUGAGGACGUAAGCGGAGUGUUUCACGCCGACAACGUGGCCAUCCUGCACGAGGCUGGUUCGAUUCCGGACCGGAAGAUGUCACUCCCGCGGAAGUGCUGCUUCGUGGCAUCGCUGGUCGUGUGUUUUCUGGCGUUGGUGGUGUUUCUCUGGAUUAUUCCCUGCUCGGAUGAGCUGUCCUGUCCCGCCAGGGCGGAACGCGUAAAGACGCAGAACUGGAUACGCAACUACGAGAAAAUCGAGCUGAAAGGCGUGAUAAAUGUGGUCGAGGGUGUGCACGGCAAGAGCAAGAAUCUUGUCUUCAUGUACCGCGGUGACAAGCUGUUCCCGGAGUUCGACGAGUCGUAUCGGCGCCGGAAUGGCAUCAUCUCGCUGGUCGGCAGUUCCGGCAAGGUGGCGUGGUACGAUCAGAUGAUAAACGAACCAAAAAGCAUCGACUGCACGCUGCUCGACGCGGAUCGGAGCGGUGCACCGGACUGUUUAGUGCUGGACGAGUACGGUCAGCUGGAGUGCAUCGAUCCGCUAUCCGGUGAGUGGCUUUGGCAUGCCGAGGGCUACAACAAGCGCAGCAACGCCGGUCGGCAGAGUGAUAUGCUUGAUUUCCCGCUCCUGAUACCGGAUGUCGAUGGGGACGGUGUGCAUGAUCUGCUGUUCGUGACAAGCUCUAGUGAAACGAAGCAUAACAGGCUGGUGAUGAUAUCCGGGAGGAAGGGCGUCAUGAUCGGGGAUUCGUACGCCGUCAAAGAGUGCCUGUACGUGCACAAACUGAUGCUGGAUGAGGAGCUGAACGUGAAGUUCAACUGCGUGAAGGAGAAAUCCGAGCAGCAGAAGGCGAAAUCGCUCCCAGAGCUGUACAAGCUGAUUCACCGGAAGGCACUCGACAUGCGCGUGGUCCGUCGUAUGCCCACGGAUUUACCCCAGCAUAAGUUCUACGGGCAGCGGCGCAACACCGAGAAGCAGCGCACGAUUACGAACGUCGGUGGCAAACAGUUGGUGGUAGAAAACCGGGGUAAAUGUCCGGAAAACUGCUCCACUUCGGUGCUGAUGACGGAGGAAGCCACCGGUGAGGUCCUUUGGAACGUGUCCGGUCGUCAGCUGUACGGAAUGCAACCGGUGCGUCUUACCUUCACCAGUUUCGGUGCCGACAACCGGUCCACGAUGUACGGGUUCGUGAUCAAGUUCUGGGAGUGGAGCCAGCGUGAUCCGGACAACAGGAGCACCCGGUUCAGGCGUGCAGUGCAUGCCUUAAAGGAUGAUGUCUCGCAGCGAUUCGUACACCAACGAGCCUGGAUUGGUCCUCCCGGGUUGGAUGCCAUCUCGAAGACGUCUUCAUCAGCACGUGGUCAAAAUCAGACGACCGCACCUUCGCGUCCAACCGGUGUGUUCCGGACGCGCAUGCGUUUCCUCAAGGAAACGAUCAAACUGAUCGUGUUCAACGCGUCCUACACCAAAAUCGAAAACACAAGCCAAAGCAACGUGAUCCAGUUCUGCCGGGAGGCGGUUAACGGCGACACAACGGAGGCCCUUUGCCAACCGGACCUGAACUACCAGGAAAAUUCACUCCUUAUCGCCGACCUGGACGAUGACGGCUCCCAGGAGCUGGUGUCGUACUAUUCGACGUUCGUAAAGACGGCCACCAACGAGGCAGAUGGAAUGGGAGCUGGCGUGGGUGUGGGACCGGGUGCGACGAUGAAGCUGAAGACGUACGUGCAGUUGUUGCGGCUUGAGUCGGAACUUCCGAAGCUCUACUCGCCGUCGGUGACCGUGGAAGUGGACACCUCCGGUAGCGAGCGAAGUGGUUAAGGACCUGCAACAAACCGGGGAAAACGGAACAAGGAUACACCAUUCCACCCGCAAAACGAAGAUGUGAUUGUGUGAUCUCAUACCAAGUUGGGUUUUUUUACAUGUACUUCUGUUAUCCUUUGAUGGAUGUUGACGUUUUUUUAACGCAUCCUCUUGCUCAUGUAGGAUGUCACUUUACACUCUAGCUAAUAAAAAAAACACACACACCCAUACUCACAUUAAUGCAAUUUUAUGAUAGUAAUGAUGGUGUAAGCUAGGAAGAGGCGCGAGGAGCAAUGCAAAAUGAUAAUGAUAGCAUAUGCGUGGCGGCCAUUACGAGUUGAGCGGAUAGAGUGCAUAGUGUAACGAAGGGCAGCAGGAUGAGUCCUUCUCUCUGUCAUUAUGUUUCACUCCACUUCAUUCCAAGAGCAUCGGGAGUCCCGACGAGACGUAGUGAACCAUUGGUUCCAUCUCCACUAUUGGCACCAUCACAAUCAUUAGCCACAGCACCCCUUUUACACGGCACGCGGUUCUGUAAUUUGUUGAAGAAAAAAAAAACCCUGUCAAAAGACAAUGACAAAAC